ACUAACAGUGCUAUCCGGUAGACUUUAGCUGCGCACACAUGUCGUCUCCAGCUGUCCCAGCAUAUUUGUGUCCCAGUGCUGCACAGAUAAGAUGGAUGAACUCCACACAUUAACAUUAAACCAAGAUGUUCGACAAAUAAUGCUGGUUAAAGAAGAAGCUCCUGAAGAACAGAGUGCUGAUGUGGACCAGCAGGACCCAGAACACCUCCACAUAAAGGAGGAACGGGAGGAACUUUGGACCAGUCUGAAGGGAGAGCAGAUUCAUUUGAAGGAGGAAACUGAUGCCUCCAGGUUUCCACUCACUCCUUUUUCUAUAAAGAGUGACGGCGAUGAAGAGAAACCCGUGUUCUCUCAGCUGCUUCAGGAGCAAACAGAAGACAGAGUUGUCUCAACCAACAGAUCAGCUGACCAGAUGACAGCAGAAACUGGUGAGGGAGCAGAAACGAGCAGGAACUAUGAUUUGAACCCUCAUAAACAGACAUCUGAUUCUUCGGAGACUGAAGUUAGUGAAGAUGAUAAAGAGGAGGGUGAUGUGAGUCUAGAUUCUGAGUUGUCACAAUAUGGGCCUGAAACUAGAGAUGGAGACAAUGACUGGAAUGAGAGCAAGUAUUCUGACUCAGAGGUUAAAACCAUCAACAAAUCCAUUAGCUGCCCUGAGUGUGGUGAACAAUUUCUCAACAAGUGGUCUCUCCGAAAACACUUGAGAGUGACAAGUCAUUCAGCACUUAGAUCUUCCGGCUGUUUUGUUAAUAAGAAAUGUGUCAGAGUGAAGAAACAUAUCCACACAUGCGAGAAAGUCCAGACAGAACUAAAACCAUUUAAUUGUGACAACUGUGGAAAAAUAUGUAGUACAAAAUCUAAUUUAAACAGACAUAUGAUGGUCCACAUUAGACCGAAGCCUUUUGCCUGUGACCUCUGUGGACAAAGAUUUAGCCAAAAGAGAAUUUUAAAUUGUCAUAUGAGUGUCCACACUGGCCAGAAGCCUUUUGUUUGUGACCUCUGUGGACAAGGAUUUAGCAAGAAGACUAGUUUAAACAGUCACAUGAAUAUCCAUACAGGACAGAAGCCUUUUGUUUGUGAGAUUUGUGGACAAAGAUUUAACCGUAAGACAACUUUAAUUAGUCACAAGAUUAUCCACACAGGACAGAGGCCGUUUGCUUGUAAGGUCUGUGGACAGAGAUUUAGGAAAAAGACAUGUGUAAACAGACAUAUGAGAGUCCACACAGGACAGAAGCCUUUUGCUUGUGACCUCUGUGGACAAAGAUUUGGCCAAAAGACAAAUUUAAACAGACACAUGAUGCUUCACACAGGACAGAAACCUUUUGUAUGCGACCUCUGUGGACAAAGAUUUGGCCAACAGCAACAAUUAAAGAGUCACAUGAGUGCCCACACAGAGCAGAAGCCUUUUCCUUGUGAGCUAUGUGGAAAAAGAUUCAACCAUAAGGCAAGUUUAAAAAUACACAUGAGAGUUCACAAUGGACUGAAGUCUUUUCCUUGUCAGCUCUGUGGAAAAAUAUUUAACUAUAAGACAUGUUUAAACAUACACAUGAGAGUCCACACGGGACAGAAGCCUUUUGCGUGUGACAUCUGUGGACAGAGAUUUCGCCAAAAGCCCCAUUUAAACAGACACAUGAGUGUCCAUGAGGAAAACAAGCCUUUAGCCUGUAAGCUAUGUAAACAAAUAUUAAGCAGCAAGACAACUUUGAUCAACCACAUGAGAGGCCACAGAGAACAGAAGCCCUUUGCUUGUAAGAAUUGUGGACAAAUAUUUAGCCAAAAGACAAGUUUAAACAGACACAUGAGUGUACACACAGGAGAGAAGCCUUUUGCUUGUGAGCUCUGUGGACAAAGAUUUAGUCAAAAGACAAGCUUAAACAGACACGCAAGAGUACACACAGGACAGAAGCCUUUUGCUUGUGACUUCUGUGGUCAAGGGUUUAGCCUAAAGCAUCAUUUAAACAGACACAUAAGAGUCCACACAGGAGAGAAACCUUUUUCUUGUGACCUGUGUGGACAAAGAUUUAAUCAAACAACACAUUUAAACACCCACAUGAGACUCCACACAUGACACAAACCACUCACUAAUCUGCAAACUUGUUGCUCUUUACUGAAAAUUGCCAUUUUCUAAGCCGCAUGUGUGUACGUAUAUCAGUACGUACCCUUGGUGACAGUCCUUUCCCCCUACAUCUUGUCCACGUGCCACUUCUUUCUUGCUGGAGAGUCACAAAUUGUGGCCCCUAGGCUGUAAAAGUUUCACUUAUAGUGUAACGUCACAAAUGGUCUGAUUUUGAGAUCCCACAGGUCAAAUGCACAGCCAGGUCAACUUACCCUGGCUAUGACAUCCUACAAUCUUUUCCCCUCACAGGAGACUCGAAGUUUGCAUGUAGCCUGCCCCUUUAAUCAGAGCCUACUUCCUCACACCAGCUGGACUGCAGAGAUAAUAAAACAUAAACAAUAAAUAUUUUCUCCUCCAAGGUCCAUCACAGAGGAACUAUUUAAAAUAAACUCCUUUAUUCCCAGAUGAAGAAGAGAAGAUUUUAUAAUUAAAAAUAAUAAUUGAAUGAACUUUUGUUAUUGCUAAUUAUAAAUAAUGAAGUGUUUCAUUAAUCUGUGCUCAAUGAUUGUUUUAGUAUGUUUACUUGGCGAGGUCAUAACAUUUGCACUCACAAGUAAAGCUAAGUUAAAAAUGCAUGACACAUAAGUUAACCUUUUGCCCACAUUCGGAGUCUCCAUCACAGAGGGUGUGUUCUUCGAUGCUUGGUAACAUCUCUCAAACUUGUCAGCUCCUGAUUGACUGGCCAAACCAUAAUAUCAAUUCCAGAUGGCUUUGAGUAAUUAGUCAGUUCUAGAGUGAGCUUCAGACCGGCCAUCUUUAGCACCUCUCAAACCAGAAGGAUUUUGACACGUCGUCAAAACCUUAAACCUUUUUCGCACCUGCGAAGCUGAAACAAGAUACCGUAAAUCCUCUAAUACAGGCCCGGGCCUGUAUUUGACUCGAGCUCAUCAAGCUCCAGGCCUUUAUUGGAAGGAGGGCCAGAAUUAGAGGCAGGCCUCUAUUUCUAUUUGAGCAAAAUGAACUAAUGGUUCGCUGGAGUUUUUGACAAUUAAAAUUGUGCCCGCAUUUCUUUUAACAACGGUAGUUUCUGCUUCAGCCAUCUCCCCCCUCCCCCUGCGCAGCGGCCGCAAACUCACUGAUGCGCCUGCAGCCUCUCGGAGUUCCUGCUGCUCUAAACAUUAAAAUAAUUAUUCCAUUUUCUGUUCCUCACUUCUGAUUACCUUCAAUGGUGUCUGGUAGUUGCAACCACCAGGUACAAAAACUAACUUGUUUUUAUUUGACUAUUUUUCUGUCCUGCCUGUUUAUUAUCUUCCUGCAUCUCCUCUCAAUCCUAAAGAGAAACUGCUACCUGGGUUCAUAUAUAUUCACCUUAUGAGUUACCUUUGAACUGCAGUUCGAAAAGAUCUACUGACCGCAAAAACAGCGGAGUGCUCGCUGCUUGGUGGCCGCAUCAGUGAUCGGUGCGUCACCGGAGGACAAGAUGAUGCGCCCCGCUCCACAGCAGCGAAACACAUCAGGCGCAAAUAAAAGACAGAAAUGAACCGACAUGAACGAUCGCGUGUUAAAUUAGUUUUUGAGGUGGCGACACCUGAUUUGAUAAUGUUACUGUGGCCGUGCUCAGGACGCAGAUCUACCGACCGCAAAAACAGCGGAGUGCUCGCUGCUUGGCGGCCGCAUCAGUGAUCGGUGCGUCACCGGAGGACAAGGUGAUGCGCCCCGCUCCACAGCAGCGAAACACAUCAGGCGCAAAUAAAAGACAGAAAACAUUAAAGGAAAUGAACCGACAUGAACGAUCACGUGUCAGUACCGACGCUCUGGCACAGCGCGUUUCCCUCCCGAGCGCAGGAGCUUGUCACCUGCUGACAGCAGGCUGCUGUCUUUUCCGAGGGCUGCAUCUUGCCGGUCAUUAUCACGUGACAGUGACUAGUCGAUGACAGGCAUAAAAAGUCACUAUAGUGAAGUCGACUAGUUCAUACAACCCCUAUUGCUCCCCAGUGUUCAGCAGCACACGUUCUCUUCAAACUUGAUAUCAAAUUUUCGCCUCCUCUUCAUCUCCGCACGGUUAAAGUUACCCUCGCGGUCUAUCGCUGGCAAAUCAAAGUGAGACAAUGACACAACCGCCCCCGUACUUGCUUGUUACCACAUUCCACCCGGCCACAAUAAGAAACCGGCCAUUAUUCACCUCCGCCGACUCCGACACCGGCCAAAAUAUGAGACCCGGCCGUUAAUGGAAUGCAGGCCUGUAUUAGAGGAUUUACGGUAGUUUCCUGCAGAACAAAGCUGACUCAAAACUCCUUCAGAGUUAUUUUUAAGAUGCUUGGUUUCAUCUAUCCUCGUGACCCGGGAGACAUCCCAGGACUGAUUUGGGCGCAUGGAGGUUUUUCUACGAGCCAGGUGCAGUGGGGUUGUCGGCCCCGGGACAUCUUGGAUCCAACAGGGGUCUUCCAGAACGGGUGAGGUAGACACAGCGAGAAAGUGUCUGAAUGUGGUUCUGAUAAUAACAUCUUUAUAGUUUAUUUGCAAACCAAAUUCUUUCCACGCAGAACUCAGCUCUGACAAUGGAGAUUCUGAAUACAAUAUUCAUACAUAGGUUCCAGAUUAUCCUUUAGUUCGCAUCCACUCACAGUAAAUAAUAGUUUAAACAAUUUGUCAAGUCUUAAGUGUUUGUAAAUAAAUUCUUACUUUGUUUAUAAACCUGACUGUUUCUUGAAUCAAAGUGAAGUGUGUACGAUCCCUUAAUAAUUAAAAGAACCCCAGGAUCUUCUAAUUAAUCAUCAUAAAGACCAGGCAAGGUGAUAUUCUAUUUAUAUAGAGUAUCACAGCUAUUGGUCACAAGUAGUGGUAAUAAUAUAAAAAGCUUUUCAAGUAAUUUACUUAACCCAA